CUCUGCGCACGCGCCCCCCUUCCCAGCGGGUCCACCCCGGCGUUCUCUUGACAGCUACCCCACCAGCUCUUUCAGUUCUUGGCGGUGGGCUUCCCGACGCCGGCUUCUUUCCUUGGACCACUCCCUCUUCCUGAUCUCCCGGACUGUCCCCGGUUAUGGGGACGGGAGCACAGACUUUUGGGACCCUGCUCAGGCCGGGUCCCCGAACGAGUGACUCCUGAUAUGAAAGUCCGUUUGGUUCUGUCCCUGUUUUGGGCAUCUCCUGGGCAGGAGUAACAGAUAUAGGAUGUUGUUGUUGAGCUGGAGGUCAGCAAAGAUGAUCCGAAGCUGAAGGAACAGCAGAGAGCCCGGGAUGACGGAGGCAGGGGUUGGGAGUUUGUUUUUUGAGACAGGGUCUCCACUAUGUAGUCUCGACUGUCCUCGAACUCUCUAUGUAAAGCAGGCUGGCUAGCCUCGAGCUCACGGAGAUUCGUCUGUCCGUUUCCUGAGUGCUGGGUAAAGACGUGGGCCUCUAACCUCUGUUUGAGACCUGGGUUCAUGAGCCUGCCUCGGGCAGCAGCAGCAUCCAUGGAGCAAAAGGAAUGUCAGGACCCUGUGCAUCCAGACAGGGACCAGCCUCAGCACCAACAGCCAACACAAAGAUAGCAGAGCCAUCUCAGGAAACUCCUCCAAGUCACUGUUGCCGCUUCAUGGAGCUGGUCCUCUGGCUACGUUUUGGGUUAAACCAUGAUUCCGGUGACAGAGCUCCGCUACUUUGCGGACACACAGCCAGCAUACCGGAUCCUGAAGCCAUGGUGGGAUGUGUUCACUGACUACAUCUCCAUUGUCAUGCUGAUGAUUGCUGUCUUUGGGGGGACGCUGCAAGUCACCCAGGACAAGAUGAUCUGCCUACCUUGUAAGUGGGUCACCAAAGACUCUUGUAACGACUCCUUCCGGGGCUGGGCAGCUUCCAGCCCAGAGCCUACGUACCCCAACUCCACAGUCCUGCCGACUCCUGACACAGGCCCCACAGGUAUCAAGUAUGACCUAGAUCGCCACCAGUACAACUAUGUGGAUGCUGUGUGUUACGAGAACCGCCUGCAUUGGUUUGCCAAGUACUUCCCCUACCUCGUGCUCCUGCACACCCUCAUCUUCCUGGCCUGUAGCAACUUCUGGUUCAAGUUCCCACGCACCAGUUCGAAGCUGGAACAUUUUGUGUCUAUCCUGCUCAAGUGCUUCGAUUCACCAUGGACCACACGGGCCCUGUCAGAGACAGUAGUGGAGGAGAGUGAUCCCAAGCCAGCCUUCAGCAAGAUGAACGGCUCCAUGGACAAGAAGUCUUCUACAGUCAGUGAGGAUGUGGAGGCCACUGUGCCCAUGCUACAGCGGACCAAGUCACGGAUUGAGCAGGGCAUUGUUGACCGAUCCGAGACGGGCGUGCUGGAUAAGAAGGAAGGGGAGCAGGCGAAGGCACUGUUUGAGAAGGUGAAGAAGUUCCGGACCCAUGUGGAGGAGGGAGACAUUGUGUACCGCCUCUACAUGCGGCAGACCAUCAUCAAGGUGAUCAAGUUCGUGCUCAUCAUCUGCUACACCGUCUACUACGUGCACAACAUCAAAUUCGAUGUGGACUGCACCGUGGACAUCGAGAGCCUGACCGGCUACCGCACCUACCGCUGUGCCCACCCCCUGGCCACCCUCUUCAAGAUCUUGGCAUCCUUCUACAUCAGCUUGGUCAUCUUCUAUGGUCUCAUCUGCAUGUACACACUGUGGUGGAUGCUGCGGCGCUCCCUCAAGAAGUACUCAUUUGAGUCGAUCCGAGAGGAGAGCAGCUACAGUGACAUCCCAGAUGUCAAGAACGACUUUGCCUUCAUGCUGCACCUCAUCGACCAGUAUGACCCCCUCUACUCAAAGCGCUUUGCCGUCUUCUUGUCUGAGGUGAGUGAAAACAAACUGCGCCAGCUGAACCUCAAUAAUGAGUGGACACUGGACAAGCUGCGCCAGCGGCUCACCAAAAAUGCCCAGGACAAGCUGGAGCUGCACCUGUUCAUGCUCAGUGGCAUCCCUGACACUGUGUUUGACCUGGUUGAGUUAGAGGUCCUGAAGCUGGAACUGAUACCCGAUGUGACCAUCCCGCCCAGCAUUGCCCAGCUCACAGGCCUCAAGGAGCUGUGGCUGUACCACACAGCAGCCAAGAUCGAGGCUCCUGCCCUGGCCUUCCUGCGUGAGAACCUGCGGGCACUGCACAUCAAGUUCACAGACAUCAAGGAGAUCCCACUGUGGAUCUACAGCCUGAAGACGCUGGAGGAGCUGCACCUGACAGGCAACCUGAGCGCAGAGAACAACCGCUACAUCGUCAUCGAUGGGCUGCGGGAGCUCAAACGUCUCAAGGUGCUGCGGCUCAAAAGCAACCUGAGCAAGCUGCCGCAGGUGGUCACGGAUGUGGGCGUGCACCUGCAGAAGCUGUCCAUCAACAAUGAGGGCACCAAGCUCAUCGUCCUCAACAGCCUCAAGAAGAUGGUUAACCUGACGGAGCUGGAGCUGAUCCGCUGUGACCUGGAGCGUAUUCCUCACUCCAUCUUUAGCCUCCACAACCUGCAGGAGAUUGACCUGAAGGACAACAACCUUAAGACCAUCGAGGAGAUCAUCAGCUUCCAGCAUCUGCACCGCCUCACCUGCCUUAAGCUGUGGUACAACCACAUCGCCUACAUCCCCGUCCAGGUCGGCAACCUCACCAACCUCGAGCGGCUCUACCUGAACCGCAACAAGAUCGAGAAAAUCCCCACCCAGCUCUUCUACUGCCGCAAGCUGCGCUACCUGGACCUCAGCCACAACAACCUGACCUUCCUCCCCGCCGACAUUGGCCUCCUGCAGAACCUCCAGAACCUGGCUGUCACAGCCAACAGGAUCGAGGCGCUCCCCCCAGAGCUCUUCCAGUGUCGGAAGCUGCGGGCUCUUCACCUGGGCAACAAUGUACUGCAGUCGCUGCCCUCUAGAGUGGGUGAGCUGACCAACCUGACGCAGAUUGAGCUUCGGGGCAACCGGCUGGAAUGCCUGCCUGUGGAGCUGGGCGAGUGUCCCCUGCUCAAGCGCAGUGGCCUGGUGGUGGAGGAGGACCUAUUCAGCACACUGCCACCAGAGGUGAAGGAACGGCUCUGGAGAGCUGACAAGGAGCAGGCCUGAGCACAGCCUGGAGGAGCAGCAAAAAGCCUCAGCACACCCUCAGGCCAAGUGGGCAGCCCAGCUCUCCCAGGACUGCUGGACAGCCAGCUGGGUCCAGCCAGGCAGAGGCUGGGCCAGAGCAGAAAACAGGGACUGAGGGGCUGGUCCCUUUUCUCCCUCUAGGACAUGUACACCCAGGACAGGCACUUGCUGGAGACCAGAAUCUCUGAGACUAGUCUCAGAGUGCAGUAUUUGGACAAUCAGGGUCUUCACGCUGGAGGCCAUCUCUGCCUCAGAGGCUGAACCAGCAUCAGAGGCCCAGGAAGAGUAACUUAGAUCUAUCUGGGUAUUUAUUUUUUCCACUUCCCAUCUUUUCCCUCCAGAUAACUUACACAUUCCCAAGAAGGUCCAGCUCUGUGGGAAGUGUUUAACACCCUGGCAGUGUUCACCUCUUUCUUUUUGGGUGAUGCUGAGAGAAUCAAGUGCCCACCCAGACUUGGGCAGAGUUGGGUAGGGUGAGCCAGUCGAAGGAUGAUUGCCUUAUUGGCACUGGGCUAGGCUGUGGCAGCAAAGUGUGUGGGAGACCAGCCCUCCAGGUGGAAGGAUCAGGCCUGGGGCUUGCCCUAUCAGUUUUUGAAGCAAUUUUAGAUUUUUUUUUUUCAGUGAGGUUUUUUUUUGUUUGUUUGUUUGGUUGUUUUUUUGUUUUGUUUUGUUUUUUUGUUUUUUUGUUUGUUUGUUUUGCUUUGAAAAUGAUGGUUUGGGUAUUUAAAAAAUUAAAAAAAAAAAAAAAAAAAGACACUAAAGGCCAGUGAGUUGAAGUCUCAGGGUGGUGGUAUUUCCCCCUUGAGCAAAGCAGCAAGACAUUGAACAAAAUUUCCUGUCCCUGGUGCAUGGACCAGGAUGUCUUCCCAGUCUGUCCUGACCGUGGUCCAGAAGUGCUGUUUACUCUUCUCCUCUCCUGGGGCAGGCUUUUAUUUUUGUUUGCUUUUAAGAUUUUUUUUUUUUUUUCUGGUGUCCUGUUUUUUUUUUUGUUGUUGGUGGUGGUUUUUGUUUUUGUUUUUUUUUCUCCUCCAUGAGUCUUGGCAGGCACCCUUUUCAUGGCUGUCAGCCAAAAGGCAGGCUCUGGAGCUGCCAAGAACGGGGAGACUUGGGCUGGUUAAUUCCCAGAUGAACGGUGCUCCAUCCCCCUCCCCACCCCAACUAUGCCCCUCCAUGCACAGUGUUAAGGAGCCCAGAGCUGCUGCUCCCCACCCCACCCCCACCCCCACCCCCAACUCCGUCCCCACAUCAUGGGUUUGCUCAGUGCCACCACUCGCCUCGUCUGCUUACAUUAGCUCUGUCACCAUCUGGUCCUUCAUGAAGAGCUGACAUUUAGAGGCAGAUUGGGCAUGAGAGGUCAGCACUGUGAGGGCAAGCUCCCAGUUUUGGGGUUCCAGGACAGUUUGUCCUGGGCACCUGAUUUGCACACAGUACAGUUAGCAUCUAGUGGCAGUAAGCCACUCUGCUUUAGAUCAAUCACUAGGGUCCCACUUAGAAGGGUCCUCGCCUUAGAUCAAUCACACGGACACUAAGGCACGUUUUAGCGUCUCUUGUCUUAAUGAUUAUGUCUGUCUCUCCGUCCAUUUGUGUUUUCUGCGUCGUGUCAUUGGAUGUAACCCUUGGAAAUACUGCACACUAGCCUCUGACAACCAUGAAGCAAUCCGUUACACAUGGGUCUGACUUGUAGACUCAGUUCAGAUAUCAAAUAAAUCUAUAACACAA